AUGACAAAUUCCGCUCUCAUGAAACGCGCUCAUUACAUUCGAGGAGGGCGGGCACUAGAUCUCAUAGAACAUCUCUAUUGCAACGUUUUCAAUAAAGAUAAAUUUUUAAUUAACGACGUAGAAGUACGACUAAGGCUCGUCCGUUCGAAAGAUUCGUUCUGUCUCAUGAAGAGUAACGGUUUGUCAUCGAAAAUUCAUACACUGGACGCAAACUUGCUUGUGAGAAGAGCGAAGAUAAGCGCCGGGGUGUUGCUAGCAGAUGCUAGAAUGUUGAGCAAAGUUACAAUCAAGUAUCCGCUCACGAGGGUUGAGGUUAAAACGUUCACGAUACAUAGCGGCAUUGUGGAUGAAUCAUUAGAUAAUGUAAUACUAAGUCAACUUCCGAAAAGAAUAAUAGUCGGCUUUGUCAAUAAUAAAGCGUUUAAAGGUAAUAGAAAAUUAAAUCUCUUUAAUUUUAAAAAUUACGGAGUAAAUUUCUUCUCCCUGUACGUCGAUGGUAUGCAAAGUAGUAGACCGCUACAGUCGGCUUUCACGUCGGAGAAACUGCUUUACGUCGAAGCUUAUCAAACGCUCUUCACGGGAACAGGUAUUCAUUUUUUGAACGAGGGAGAUUCCAUAAGUAGAGAGAAAAUUGAUACCACUACGUAUACGUAG